UCCUGCAGAGAUUAUGAAUGAUGUUAUCAAGAAGGUGAAGAAGAAGGGAGAAUGGAAGGCUUUGAUAGUGGACCAGCUCAGCAUGAGGAUGUUGUCUUCUUGCUGCAAAAUGACUGAUAUCAUGACAGAGGGCAUCACUAUUGUUGAAGACAUUAACAAGCGAAGAGAGCCUCUCCCUUCAUUGGAGUCAAUUUACCUGAUCACCCCAACUGAGAAGUCUGUGCAGACUCUCAUCAAUGACUUCAAAGAUCCCCAUUCAGCGAAAUAUAAAGCGGCUCAUGUGUUCUUUACUGACUCUUGCCCGGACCCCCUUUUUAAUGAAGUGGUGAAGAGCCGUGCCUCGAAAACCAUUAAAACCCUAACUGAGAUCAACAUCGCCUUCCUGCCCUAUGAGUCCCAGGUGUUCUCUUUGGACAAUCCUGAUGCCUUGCAGAGUUUCUACAGCCCUCAUAAGACACAGCUGAAGAACUCUGUGAUGGAACGGUUGGCCGAGCAGCUGGCAACUCUGUGUGCCACACUGAAGGAAUACCCUGCCGUCCGAUACCGAGGGGAGUAUAAAGAUAACGCCACUCUGGCUCAGUUGCUUCAGGACAAACUGGACGCCUACAAGGCAGAUGAUCCCACAAUGGGGGAGGGUCCAGACAAGGCUCGCUCCCAGCUCAUUAUUCUGGACCGAGGUUUCGACCCUGCCUCUCCUGUCCUGCACGAGCUCACCUUCCAGGCUAUGGCCUAUGACCUGCUGCCCAUUGAGAAUGAUGUCUACAAGUAUGACACCAGUGGGAUGGGAGACUGCGAGAAGGAAGUGCUACUGCAUGAAGACGACGACCUCUGGGUGGCGCUACGGCACAAACAUAUUGCUGAGGUCUCUCAGGAGGUGACGCGCUCCCUGAAGGAAUUUUCUGCCAGUAAACGGAUGAAUACUGGAGAGAAGACCACCAUGAGGGACCUGUCUCAAAUGCUGAAGAAGAUGCCACAGUACCAGAAAGAGCUCAGCAAGUACUCGACCCAUCUGCAGUUGGCCGAGGAUUGCAUGAAGCACUACCAGGGAACCGUGGACAAGCUGUGCCGUGUAGAGCAGGAUCUGGCAAUGGGAACAGACGCAGAGGGCGAAAAGAUUAAAGACCCCAUGAGAGCCAUCGUGCCGAUCUUGCUGGACGCCAACGUCAGCACCUACGACAAGAUCCGUAUCAUCCUGCUCUAUAUUUUCCUGAAGAACGGGAUCACGGAGGAGAACCUUAAUAAGCUGAUUCAACACGCCCAGAUCCCUCCUGAGGAUAGUGAGAUCAUUACCAAUAUGGCUCAUCUGGGUGUCCCAAUCAUCACAGAUUCUACUCUCCGCAGAGGCAAGAAGCUUGAUCGUAAGGAGCGUGUGAGCGAGCAGACCUACCAGCUUUCUCGCUGGACUCCACUCAUAAAGGAUAUCAUAGAGGAUGCUAUCGACGAAAAGCUGGACACCAAACAUUAUCCGUACAUCUCGACACGCUCGUCUUCUUCCUUCAGCACUUCUGCAGUCAGGUACGCACGCUCACCAACUGAGCUGAUUUUCAGGGUCAGCAGUAAUGAUCCCGCCGCACUGUUCUGCUUUCAGGACAAACAAGCUAGCACAGCUACUGUAAACAGUAGCAGAGGUUCGACCCAUAUCGUCGCCCCCACCCAGCUUCUGGAUGCUCUCAAGGCCAUGAACAAACCCGACGAGGAGCAGACAAGCUAAAAUCACAAUUUCCUUCCCCCCAACCCCAUCGCCCAGUUACCCUCUCCCUCCCUUCACCCGUCAUCCUGUAAAUCGCACCCGCUCCUAUAUAAAUUGUGUAUGCAUCUUGCUUGAGAGAAAAAAAAAACACAUAGAUGAUUGGUGACAAGUUAAAAAGAAUAUUCUAUAAAUUUAUAUAUAUUUAAAUAUAUAUAAUGUUGAAAUAGAAGAAUCAUUACAAGUGUUCUUCUGUUUUACAAUGGAUGCAAAUGAUUACUGUCAAACUGAGUUUUCCUUAUUAAUUGCCAUUUAAAAACCUUAAAGCACCAAAUGUAAUAUUGUAUGUUAUGGAACCUGCUAGAAUGCGUAAAUGGUAGAUCAAUUUUUGCGUUCGCUCCUUAUUUAACUUGGGUGUGUUUUUUUCCUUGUUUUUUUUAUAGUUUAAAAGUGGUUGGGGGAGGGACUGGCUUGUAUGCAAAUAGACCUGUGAGGGAAAAUAAUGCAUAUCACUUCCUACUCUGAAGGCUAAACUGCCGCCCCGUGUUCAGAUGCUUGGGUUUUAUUGUUGUCUCAUUUUAGAUGUGCAUGCCAUGGACGCUACUAUGUGGCCCUUUUGACAUGCUUUAAAACAUUGGGGGGGAAAAAUAAAUAAAAAAACAUGUUAAGAUGUAAAAAUGAAACUGAGCAUCUUCUGGGACUCCAGUGAUGAAGAGGAAGGAGGCCUAAGGAGUAACAGAUCAAAGCCUCAAGCUGUAAAAGUGAAAGAGACACUGUACAUAGAUAGCGGACGUCACCCCUUCGUCAGGAGCAUUUACUCUUCAUAUACUUUUCUUUUCAUGUCUCCUUCUACAGAGACCUCAUGAUUUAGUGUGAAGAAGGCCGUUGCUUGCAGAUGUUUAAGGAAUUCAAAAAAAGGGCCAGUUGUAUUUCAGUAUUGUAUCUCGUCCGAUUAAGUCUUAUCAUUGGUUAGUAAACAAUGUUUAACUGGGACAUGCACUGAGUAGCGUAUUGUUGUAUGCCAUAUGUUACUGUUUUUUCGUCUCACUGUUGACUGGUGAAAAUUUCUGACUGUGAAGUAGUAAAACUUUCUUUGCCAAUAUGAAGCCACUGUGUUUGUGAUGUAUUAGCUGUAGCUGUAGUGAUAAACUGGGGGAAAAAAUAGGUAAUAUCUAUCUUUCGUUUGUCCGUCUGAUAGUUUCUUUCUGGUGCACUGUUAUAUCUUCCACUGGUGAAUGGCUUUGCAAUGAAACGCAACCCCCUUCUUUAAUGUUUUAGUUUCAGUUUCCUCUUUAAUCUGUUCUGGCAGAAAGGUUGUAUAUUGCACUACGCGUUUCCUGUGAUGCAAACGCUUCUAUGGUUCUCUCUCUUCUUUUAAAUGAUUACCUUAUUUUGGGUUUGCUGUUGUAUAUCUGUGUCGAAAGGAUUGAUUUCUAUUCAAUUUAUUUUUCAGAGAAUAUCAAUAAAUAACAAUGCAGUCCGUCCUAAACCUGUCAAUCUUACUGGGAUUCUAUGUUUGCGAGUGUUGAAGCACAAACUAAAGUAUACUUCAUGUGUACUGAUGUACUAAGGCUGUCUAAUAAAUUGGCUUACAUUACAAA